AUGUUGAUCGCCAUGAAAAUCAUCAGCGCGGGCGCGCUGGGUGCUCUGUUCUUUUCCACCACUGAGCACACACCUGAGUCAGACCCGGAAUGUGUGGAGCCAACGGAUCCCUUUGACCAGCUGGUGCAAACCGCCACGGUUGGCUUGGGAACCGCAGUCUUGGGGGACGGCAUCAUCCUGGUCUUCUUUUUAGUCCAGAGGCGGAGCGUUGUCGAGCGACGCCGCUGGACUGCUGGGAUGAAGCGCCGGCAGCGCUGUUGUUGGCGCUUCAGGACAAUGGUCUUCUGGAUUUUGGCCAUAUCGUACUUCUGUUAUUGUCAGCUCUACAUUUGGCUCUUUUUGGCCAACGUCUCACAAGAGAGUGCAACAAGUUGGUUCGAGAGCCUUGUGGUGACGUUGGUGCAGGACUUCCUGCUGAAGCCUUUCAUUUUGGCGCUGGUUUUGGGUGCCCUCACCACCCUGAUUCUGUGCUGCCGUCCCAGAUUGAAGAGGCAGGUUUUGCAAAAAUGGAAGCCCAUUGAUGAGCCAUCAGAGUCUGUCAGGGAGGACGAGAGUAACAACGCUUUAGAGGAGGACUUCCGUGAAGCUCUUUCGGAUGUGGAAAGCUUGGAGGCUCGGGUCCGUGCAAAUAGCUUUCUUCUGGAGGAUGCGACUUUACGCUUCGCAGAUCCUGAGAUAUCCCAGCUCGUCGGACAAUUCGUGAUUAGAGAUGGUAUGGUCAGCAUCCGCUUCUGA